UGUAUAGAGACGAGGCGGGAAGAAGACGAAGACUCAGCAGCACCAGAAGAGAAGAGUUUCAGUUCUUGUCUGACUGGCGGGAAGGAAGGACCCCUCCGCAGAGCUCUCGCCACGCGCUCUGAGGCCCAACUGGAAUAUCAUAAUAAUCUCAAUUUAAUUCCGUUUCGGGGAUGCAGGCGUUGCAAAGUUGAAAUGCAGUGAGGAUAUAUACUACGGUUGAGUUUAGUGACGUAUAAGUGUGUGUUUAUUAGUUAAAAACAAGAAAAGCGCGAGAUAUUGACAGCGACUGACUACUUAUGAGACGCAUGCUUUGGAUUAAGAGAUAUUAUUCUUCACCCGGUCCCGUUUGGUGGUUUUGGUGGUGGUGGCGGGGGGCGAAUUAGGUUUCCGGACCGAUUUUGGGAUAAACAGGGAGGGGAGAGGAAAAAAGUGGUCGAGAAAUUUAAAAAAUAUAAAAAAAAGUCAUUUUGGCGGAUGUUGCAAAAGUGUCUGAUCCAAUCUGUCAGUGAAGUGUAUUUUUUUAUUUUUUUAUUUUUUAAAACUCGGAAACAAGUUUUGGCAUUGCACCGAGAUGAGUGUCAGGUGUGAGAUUAAGGUAACGGCAUUUUGAAAAAUAAAAUUAAUUAUUAUUCGCAUGGCCAGUGCUAGUGUUCGUGUUUGUUGAUGGAAUAAGUCAAGUUUACCGGAAUAUAAAAGUUUCGAGGGAUACUACUACAGCAGGAUGCUUCUGAAGAAGAAGAACUCGCAGCAGGAGGCUUCGAAGACGCCCUCUGGGUCGGGCAAGAUGCAACUGGCUCAACACAGUGAGGAAAUCCGCCAGAGCCUGGACGUGCUGGACCGUGUCUUAUCGGAGUUCGAUGACAUCGAGACCGACACCAACGAUGACUCCGUCGUUCCGGACAUCGCUGACGUCGUUGAUGCCGCCGCCGCUGAUGACGAUGACGACGACGACGACGACGAAGAAGGCAACGAAGAAGGGAGAGGAGGGGCCCCUCCUCCCCCCGUGGACCGGUCCCUCAAGCCGCGCACUCCCGUCGAACCGCCUCCGCCAGACCUGCCCCGGAAGACCCGGUUGCCCAGACCCGGUUCCGGAAGCUCCUCUCCGUCCAGUCACGAGUACCAGGAGAUCAAUUCCGACAUGGGCAUCCCCCCCCACAGCUCCCCACAUGAGAAACCCCGUCCCUCCCCCCGCCAUACUGACUCCCCCGAGGGGGGACCACGGCGUCCGAAGGCAGAUGUCGGAGGACCGCUCCCGUCUCAAAAGGCACGAGGAAGAGGGCCGCCGGCAGCCUCCCAGGCGACAGAGAAGCGAAGACACUCGACUGCGGAGGGACGACAUGUCCUCCAGUUCCGGUGACUUGAUGACCCUCGACGUCAGAGACGUGAACAGCAGGUCGCGGCCGAAGCGCGACGGCAGUCGCGGGCGCUCGAGGGACACGAGGGAGAGGGAGCCCCCCGCAGCCGGAGGAGGGAGGGAGAGCAGCAAGGAGCAGCGUCACCUGCGGAAAAGCAGGUCGGGAGACGUGGACGUCCGUCGGGUGCCCACCAGCCAAGAGCAAGGUCGCCGCCGCAGAUCCAGGUCAUCCGACAGAUGGCUCGACCAUCAGGAGCACCUGCUGGAGCAGCAACAGCAGCAGCAGCAGCAGCAGCAGCGGAGGAUGGUGGAGGCCGGGAUGAUCGACCCCAGGCUGAUCGACCCCAGCAUGAUCGAUCCUCGCUUGAUCGAUCCUCGCCUGAUCGACCCGAGACUGAUCGACCCGAGGUACAUGGACGAGCCUUACCCGCUGCCCCAGGACCCCAUUCGCUUCCCCCACCUCAUGAGUUACCCGCCGCCCAUGUCCCCCCAGGCGGGGCACUUGUCUCCGGGGAGUAUGUCGCCCGGAGCCAUGUCCCCCAUACCACCGGGUGCGCCCAUGGGGCCUCCCUUCAUCCCCAUGGAGUUCGCGCCUUAUCCGAUGUACCCCUUCGAGAUGGGGUACAUUCCCGACGCCAUGAUGGGGUCGGAAAUGGCCUUCCUGCCGCCGCCCCCGCCGCACCCCCACCACCCGGCGGCCUUCCCGGGAGACAUUCCUCCCGAAUUCCUGCAUCCCCCGGAGUUCCUUCCUCAGGACUACCCACUGGACUACCCGCUGGACUUCCCGCUGGACUACGGCCCUCUGCCUCGCAACCCCGCUAUGAUGGGCGGGGGGCCAUGGGUGGAUCCCGGGGUACACCCGCGUGAUGACUGGCCGCCGCCCACUCCAGAACAAGCCCAAAAGCUCAUUCACAGUGUCGUCAGGAAUCCCAGUAGAAGUAGCGGAGAUGACGACGCCAAUGAUGAAGGAGGAGGUGGCUACCCUCAACAGCAUCGAUUUGGUAGGAGGCUCACAUCUGUUGGCCAUUCGGAUAGCUCCGGUCUCUCAUCCCCUUCAGAAGAGAGAAGAAUCCUGAAUACCAACACGAAUAGCAGCAACAAGAGAAAAAUUUCAGGUUAUCGCGGUGUCAAUGCAUCCUUCCGAGACUCCGGUAAUACACAUUCUUCAGAAUUUAGAGUAGGAGAACCUGUCAGGGAAUCAAGUCCACGUGUGCCUAUGAAAAACUCAUCCUCCUUACCUCACUUCAUCUCAGGCAAGGACAGUGGCUUUGACGAGGCUCCUGUGGUUACGGAAGAGGGCAACAAUACUGUUACUCGUGGAGGUCGUCCAAGUGGAGGUGCUUUUAUUGUCUCAGGGGUAUUUAAUGAUUCUUCAAGAAUGUUCAUUCCUGCUCCCCCUUCACCAACACCAGAUUAUGAUGAUGAUGAUGUUGAUGGUGAUUCAGAUGGUAAUGAAUCAGAUAUUCUCCAUGGCUCACAAUUUUAUGUCACUGGCUCACCAGGUUAUCCUUUGAAAAAGAAGCUUGGUAACAGAGAUUCCCUGAGUGAUGACAGCCUUCAGAGUACUCCAAUUAUAACGUCCAAAUCUACAAAGUCAUCCACUCCAUCACAGACGCCUUCUACACCUCUGCAAACAAUGAUAAAAGAAUUUCACCAAGGAUUACCUCCACCUGACAAUGAGAAUGGUUUUUCAGAUGAUUCCCUAGAAGACUCUACAGCCAGCCCUUCAGGCCCCUCCUCUGUUAGUCAAAGACCCCUCAGGCAAAAUUCAGUGGAAUCUCUUGUCUCCAUGGAAAGCUCCACUGCAUCAUUUGAUUACAUGAAUGAAGGUCAAGCUAGAAACUCCUCAUAUGGACAGACAAAGUUAUCUCCAGUAUCAUCAGGACCAGGAAAUACCAUAGGAUCUAAGGGUUGUAAUGCAAGGGACAGAAAAGAUGUUAAUGGAAAAGUAAAAAAGUCUCUUUCUAAGUCUCCGGAGAAUGAAUGUAUUCCGAAAGGAAAUGGGAAAGAAAAUGAGAGUAAAGGGGAGGUAAAUAAUUUCAGUAGAGAAAAUUCUAGAGAGAGUUCAAAUAGUACUGGUUCUAAUGGUUCAAAGCCUACUGAAAAGUUUGAAACAAUAAGAUCUAUGUUGAAGGAAGGAUUAAUUGAAGGUUUGGAUGAGAGCCCACCUAAAUUCAAACCACCACCACCUUCAAAGAAAACUCCAAAUGAGGAAAGGGCAGACAGUGGCAUCAGUUCAAUUGUUAGCACAGCAAGAACAGAUGAAAGUGGGGGAAGCGACAAUCGGUCAGACUUUUCUGGAACCCCACCUUCCUUAACUUCCCCAAGAGAUGCAGAAAGUUCAAAAGAUAACAGACUAGAAAGCAAGAAAGGUAAAGAAUCAGUUCGAAGUCAUGCAUCUGUUGCUUCUGAGGAUUUGGAAAGAAACAGAGAUGAAGGAGAUGAAGUAGAGGUGGCCAUACAAGAAACAAUGGAAGUACCUCCACCUCCUCCUCCCAGAGAUGAGUCAAUGCACUGGACACCUAGAACAAAUCCACCCAGAGAUCAUUCUAGGAUAUCUUUAAGAGCAACGCCUACCACUCCCACACCCUUAUCACACAGAGACAUAUCAAGAUCUUCUCUCAGAUCAGCACCUUCAACUCCCUCCACUUCUAAAAAUAACAGUUGGCUACACACUGGUACCCCAGGGAAGGAUGAAAUUCUGGAGGUUGCUUCAAAUUACUCUCAUUACAGUACAGGUGAUAAGAUUACACAUGUAGAUGAUCUUUAUGGGCAAAAUGAACAGAUUGGUAGUGGGAGUGAGGUUAGCAGUGCCAUCAAUGGAUCACUUGCUAGUCAUUAUAGUAUUCAAGAUAGUGAUAAUCCUUUAACUGACAGGGAAUUCUUAGAAAACCUGAAAAAUUUAGAACCAAGACCAAGACCUGAUACCUUAGCUGUUAUAACAGAAGAUCAAGGAAGCAUUGGCUCCAAAGGAAGCCGCUCAGGUCGUUUAUUAUCUAGAAUUGCCGAUACUGUUAGAAGCGGGAGUCGAACGCCAACUCCAAAUUCUUCUUCAGGUUCCAAUACACGUGCAACCACCACUAAACUUACGUCCACAUCUAGAGCUUCCACCCGAAUUCAUGGAGAUAUUAUUCGAGAACCUUGGAGGUCUUCCCUAAGAGAAUCAGCAUUGCCCUCUCCACAAGAGUUCAAUCGCCUUCCAUCACUGAGCCCCUCUAUUAUACCCCUUACACGAGAUGGAUCAGGUCGGUUUAGAAGUAUUGAAGAUUUGGCAGAAGCUGUGUCAGAGCCAUCACAACAAGAAGUCACUCUCUCAGGGAAGAGAAAGAAGCACUCAACUCUACCGCCCAACCUUACACCUGCCGAUAUGAAGAAAGAAAAUAAAGAACUACGACGAGCCACAUCCCUAAUGGUGGGCAAAAAAGGAAAAGAAAAUGGCGAAGGAUCAAAAUUCCGCUUCAACUUCUUCCGAGGAUUCUGGCGCAGAAAACAAUAUUCGUUUGAUAACAAGAUGUAAUCGGAAAGGAGGAGGAGAGAGAGAGAGGGAGAGAGCGGUUAUCUUCGCGUCGUAGAUGAUGAUGAUGAUGAUAUAGGCCUAAGCCCAGAUUGCCUCUUUAAAAAAUUCCUUUUGCAUUUUAUGGCAUUACUAAUGUAAGACGGGGGGAGAGUUCUUCCUCCAAGGGGCUCUUACUUAAAAAAAAUAAAUAAAUAAAAAUUCAUUCACUGCUUCGCGAGUAUAGUAACUGUCAUGAUUGAAUAAUGCAACAAAGAAGGUAUCCAGGGAUGUGUGUAUUACGUACUUAAAAAAAACAAGUUGUGUAAUCAUUUGAAUAGUUCAAAUUAAGGCGGUUAUAUUGAGUUGCAAGUGCUGACUACCAUAUUAUUAUAGUCAUAAUAAUUAUUCUCGAAAUAGCUAUCACACGUCUACCCAAAAUGCAGCAGGCGUUCACACGAAACGGCUUCUGUCAAGUGUAGACUUGGUGAAUAGACACACGGAACUAUAUAUAUACAUAGUCGCUGACCGAGGACUCGGCAUUGCUUGUGGUGCAUUGCUAAUUUUAUCAGGGGGAAUCGAGACUUCAAAAAGUUUUGAAGAAAGCUUGUAACCAUAUUUUUAUAGCUCUGUGGCUGUAUCGAUGUUUUUCUAUAUAGUUGCAGGUUUUUAUUAAUUUUUGCUACAUCCAACUAUAGUAGAGCAUGUAACUCAAAACACAUCAUACACACUAUUUUUGUAAUAAUAAGGGUUUGGUUUUUUAAUUAUCAAACUUCAUAUAAAAAAGUCAUUUGUUCAGCCUAAGAGUAUUUACUGCUAGCGAGUUUUUCAAUAUGUAAUUGGUAUAGCUAUGUAUAUAAUGGCACUUAAGAAUUAAAGAAUACUACUUUAGAGGUAUUACUGAAUUGCUAAGGUCAAAAAGUUAUAUAGCCAAUGGCUAAGUUUGUACAUUUGUUCAGUUAUGUAUAUAAUGCCCGUUAGAUAGUGUUGGAAAUACCACUAAUAUAAAAUAUAAUAACUUUUAAUUGUGCAUUCCAGUAAACUUGAAUGUACAUAAUAUUGGAAUGUCAAGAGAUGUUUAGUUACGGUUGGUGCUUAGUUGGGACGACACAUGUUUGCUUUGAUCCUCUGAAGGACUCGACAUAAUCAGGUGUCACACAGACGUGGAAUUCUCUAAGUCGUUUUACUUUAACGACCCUUGAAAAUUGUUGGAUCAGAGUGCAUAUGUAGCAAUUCCGUAUUUUAUUUAUACAAUUCAUCAGUCAUUUUUAUUAAUCUGUAAAUCUCUUAACUAAUAAAAUGUAAAUGUAA